UUUGCAUGUUAUAUACGAGCUGGGGCAUGAGUUGAUUUUUUUUCCUCUCUCCAUAUUUUUGUCACAGUUCACCACAUUUCAUCCACUUGUAAACGUAUAAUCCCCCCGACAUCCUGGGCGUACCUUUCAGAGGAGUAAGGUGAGGGACGGGGUCACCGCUUCAUAAAUACUCUGGAUAGACCUCGCAGGAAUAAAAGGGCCUACUUUCAGAGAAAGUUCUCACACCCGACAGGAGAUUUCCUGCAGACUAGAACCAAAAUAUGCUCCACAGUGAAACUUGUGGCUGCUCUUUUUUUAUAGGUCUAUGAAUCUAUAUUUCAUAGACUUUUGGAUUUUUUCCCUUUUUUUCUUUCUUAGAUAUUGCAAUGUUAUCCUCACAUCCCUGAGAGAGAUUUUCUGCCAGGAUGACAGCGCUUUACACUCUGAACCGCGCACUUUUCGCACUUGCUUGGAGCAGUCUGAGUUUUCUCUCCUGCGCUCUCAGUAACAAUCAUGUGCACUCCAGCUUUAUUUACAGGAGGUUGCGCAAUCACGAGCGCAGGGAGAUCCAGAGAGAGAUCCUUUCCAUCCUGGGUUUGCCUCACCGUCCGAGGCCCUUUUCUCCUGGAAAACAGGCAUCUUCCGCGCCGCUUUUCAUGCUCGACCUCUACAACGCCAUGGCCGUAGGGGAGGAGGAGGAGGGUGUUGCGGUGUUGAACCGAAGCGCAGGAAGGAGCUACAGUGCCAAGGCUCAAGGGCACUCCAAGAAAAGUUACUAUAACCCGCAGCAAGCCAGCUACUCCCGUGUGCCGCAGCCCUACAGAGCGGCCCCUCUGCUGGGCCAGAGUCCUGCACUAACCACGGCGCGUGACGCACAUUUCCUGAAUGAUGCUGACAUGGUUAUGAGCUUUGUCAAUUUAGUGGAGAAAGAUAAAGAUUUUUCUCACCAAAGAAGACACUAUAAGGAGUUUCGUUUCGACCUGACUCAGAUCCCAGAUGGAGAGGCGGUGACCGCUGCAGAAUUUAGGAUCUACAAGGACCGCAGUCAUGCUCGCUUCAACAAUAUCACCCUCAAGGUUUCCAUAUAUCAAGUCACCAAAGAAUAUCAGAACAAAGAUGCAGAGACAUUCUUGCUUGAUUUCAAAAAGGUGCAGGCAUCCAAUGGGGGCUGGCUUGUGUUUGAUAUAACAGCAACCAGUAACCACUGGGUAAUGAACCCGCAGCAAAAUUUUGGCCUUCAGCUCGGUGUGGAAACCUUGGAUGGGCGAAGUAUUAACAUAAAAUCUGCUGGAAUCAUCGGGAGAAACGGGCCGCAGUCCAAACAGCCAUUCGUCGUUGCCUUCUUUAAGGCCAGUGGGGUACUGCUCCGCUCAGUAAGAGCUGCUGGUGGGAAGAAAAAGAACCACAAUCGCAAUAAAUCGACCAAUCAACAGCAGUCAUCAAGGAUACCUAAACCUGGAGACUAUAACACCAGUGAACAGAAACAAGCCUGCAAAAAGCAUGAGCUUUAUGUCAGCUUCCGAGAUUUGGGCUGGCAGGAUUGGAUCAUUGCACCGGAGGGCUAUGCUGCUUUUUAUUGUGAUGGCGAAUGCUCUUUUCCGCUUAAUGCUCAAAUGAAUGCAACUAAUCAUGCUAUAGUGCAAACCCUGGUUCAUUUAAUGUUUCCUGACAAUGUGCCAAAACCAUGCUGUGCCCCAACCAAGCUCAACGCAAUAUCAGUCCUUUACUUUGAUGACAGCUCAAAUGUUAUUUUGAAAAAAUAUAGAAAUAUGGUCGUCAGAUCUUGCGGUUGCCAUUAAUCUUGAGGCAGUUUAAAUAAUGGAGUCUGAAACGAGAAUUGCUUAAUAAACACAUCUUUUGCCGGUGUGAUUUGAUGUAAAGUAUUAUGUAUACAAAGUUUUAUUGGUUAAUUUAUUUCCCUUUAAAAUGAUUACACUGAAUGCUGUAAUAUUUAACCAAUUAGUACGAAAUGUUGAUUUGACUUUACAUGAUUUAUCAUUUUACUUGUGUGUCCGCUGGCAUAUAAUUUUAUUUAUAUAUCUUCUAUGAGCAAACACUUCACUGGAGUCAUUAUGACAACUUUGUCUGGUUCUUUUCAUUUGUGAAAUUUUGCUGUAAAUAUUUACUUAGAAAAUGUGGUUUUGCUAUACGUUCUGUGCCAGAUGGUUGCGGUUUGGGAUGAUCAAUGCAUGCAUUAAACACACAGAACGGUGUUGCUGACAUAAAUCUGUUUGAUAAAGGUCACAGGUCAGUAUGAUCCAUUUUAGAUAAAUAUCAUUAACUGAACACUUUAAAUGUUACUGGUUAAACGUUUUCAUAGGAACUGUUCAAACCCAUUGUCAAACUGUCCUGCUUGUUAGAAAUCAAACUUUCUAAGUCGGAUUUAUCUCAACAAAUUUGGCUUGUAAAGAGAUUUUUUUUCUUUUAUUAUGAUAGUAUGUAUAUAGUUAUAUUCUCAAUGAUGUACGAGCUCAUUAUAUUAAACUGUUUCUGUAAACAUUGUGAGUUUUCUUUUACCCUCAUUGCUACAACCAUCAUAUAUUUACAUUAAUUCUUGCUUGUUUUAAAGAAGGAUAACUUAAUGAUUGAAUCUU